AUGGAUCUGAGUACUAGAAUAAACAUUUCCGAAUUCUUUCAAAACUUAAAGCAACAAGUAAUUCGUGAAAACGGAUCCAAAGUUGCGGAGCUCUUGACUAUAAGGGCUACUUUCAUGCAUGCAUUAGCCAGCCACUGUGAAAAAAUUUCAAUUAAAAAGUUGGAAGUUGACGCAAAGAGAAUAUUAGAACAACCAUGGAAUGAGCUGAUCUCCACUCAGCACAUCACGCAAUUGAAACAACAAAAUCUCUGCAAAAACGUUGUGAAGUCUAUUAAAGCAUCGGCAGACUUACCUGUUUUUGAAAAAUUUCCCAAAGCGCACAAAGUGACUUUCCUUUAUUACCAGGGAUUGCUCCUAUUCUUAGAUGCAGAAUAUUCGCCGGCUGAAGAAAAAUUAGUGGCUGCAUUUAGAAUGUGUCCUAAGAGCAGCAAGAAAAACAAAGAGUUGAGUCUCUCUCGAUGCCUGUCGAGAUUACAGAUCGACUCGACAUAA